AUGAAACGCGAGGUCAUGUUCAUACUUAGCCUGUGCACUAGUGUAUGCCGGGCAUUCCACAAAGACAUGCAUUUCGUCUUCAACUGCCCCGCAGUCACAAAACCUGCAGGCUUUGUCACAAAGCCUGCAGAUCUAGCGACAUGUGCAGGGGCCUUGUUGGGCCCCCUGGGGGACGACGCCACCGCCGACCUCCAAGCCCUCGCCACGCAACUGGCGCAGGAGGCACCACAAUCACUGGCGGCCAGGACUACUAAGGAGUAUGCCGCCACGUGGCGCCAGUUUCACUGCUGUGCGGCAAUCAGCACCUACUUCCGCAUGGCAGGAAAAGCAACACCCACAGAUCACACUGCAUGUGGCAUCGUCCGGACCUUAGCGGAAAAGCGGCUCCAUGGUAAACCGCUCCAGCGCAAUGCCUUGGAGCCAGAAGACAUCACAGCGCUGGCCCGCUUAGUGGAAGGUCCUGAGAACGCCUGCUGGCACAAGGUGGCUACCGCAGAAGGCCAUCGACAGCAGAUGAAGAUGUGGGACCGCUCCUCAGACCAGUCCAAUGGAUGCAGCGUGGUGGAUACCUCUCGGGCCCACUGA